UGAAUCACCAUUGUAUUUGUUUAAGUUUAAUUUCAUUUAUUUAACAUACAGACAGUAAAAAGUCGAUGAAAAAGUGAACGUCAAUUUGAAUUUUGUCAUAUUUUUGAUAGGUUAACUGUGGACAGGAAAUAGUGACAGGUGACAGCAUUUUGACAGUGACAGAUAUGCUUUUCUGACAGAAUAAUGGAACAGCACCCAGCACCACAGCAGUUUGUUUACUGUCAAAUUGGUGGUCUGUGUUCAUAUUGUCGUGCUUAUUUCUCGAAAAGAUCAGAGUUUUUAAUUUAAAAAGUUAUUUUUGUUAAUAAAACGUGUUAUGUUUUAUUCAUAAUAGGAUAAUUUGACUCUGUUAAAACACAAGUUACACUAACCAUGUCUAAAACUAGGAUGAUUCCCAUUUAUGGGAAAACUCCAGCUUGUUCUAUUACUUCACGAUUGGAAGAACGUAGAAAUAGGGCUAAAGCAACGAGACUAGAACAAAAUCGUCGAACUGAUAAACCAGAAGACUUUAUUGCAUAUGAAGAUAGUGACAGUGAUGAAGAACCAGUGGCAAUGCAAAAAGAGAUAUUAAAUACCUCGUAUAACUUUGUAGACUAUGUUAAAAGUAGGGAAAUGUGUAGUAAAAACACGACUUCUGUUGUAAGUGACUACGGUUCUCGACAUAUCCUCACCCAUGAAAUGUUUCGAGAAACACCUAUCACGCUUGGCAAUAUGAAUAAAGUGUUCUGUUCACAGUGGUUAAGUGAUAGACAAGUUGUAUUUGGUACAAAAUGUAACAAGCUAAUGGUGUAUAAUGUAGUCACUCAUAAAUUAGAUCAAAUUCCUUCUUUAAUGAGUCGAAGGGAUAAUCCAGGUACUAUUGAACAAGCACACUGUGGUAUUCAUUCGGUACAAAUAAAUCCCUCUCGAACUCUUUUGGCGACUGGCGCUCGAAAUACUUGUGAUAUAGCUGUCUAUCGAUUGCCAACUUUAGAUCCUGUGUGUGUAGGAGAAAAUGCUCAUAAGGAUUGGGUGUUUGAUAUGUGUUGGUUAGAUGAUGAAUUUCUUGUUUCUGGAUCUCGAGAUACAAAAAUGGCACUUUGGCGAAUAACACCAGGCAUGUUUGAAAACAAAACUGACGUCCCCAUGUACCAACACAUUAGUGCUAUUUCUGUAAAAGAUUGCCGCAAUUCACAAAGGGUGAGGGCAUUAACAUUCAAUAAGUCCUAUGAAGAAAUUGCUGCACUUAGUUUAAAUGGUUAUAUACAUAUUUGGAAUGCUGAAACAUUUAAACAGAAACUAUCAAGGAAGUUGCCAUCCUCACAAGAAAAUGUUUGUUUGGCAGUGCAAGAAUCAGGAUUGUAUGCAAUAGGAUGCAGAUCAUAUACACUCCUUUUAGAUUGUCGAACUUUACAGGCUGUCAAAAAGGUGUCAUCCCGUUAUUCUGGCUGUGGAAUCCGAUCGGCUAGUUUCCAAGGAGACGUUUUGACUGUUGGUACAGGCUUGGGCAUGUUAAUGUUUUAUGAUUUAAAGGCUGGAAAAUAUUUGGAUUCCAGUAUUAAUUCCUCGAGGACGGUCGUACUUAAAUCUAGUAAAGGUUAUGUGUUUCCAGAUGAUGAAUAUGUAGAUAACAUACAAAAUGUAAAAUAUGUCCCAGCCAUUUAUACUCACUGUUAUGACACGAGUGGCACUAGAUUGUUUACAGCUGGAGGUCCUCUGCCUGCUACUUUAACAGGAAAUUACGCAGGUCUAUGGCAAUAGCUUUAAGGGCUACAAUAAAAUGGAGACAAUUUAAA